AUGGGUUCUUCUACUGUUGAUGUUAAUAACUCUGUAGAUCUUGUUAAUCCGGUUGAGGAAAGUCCUUCAAUAGAUCUUGUUAAAGGUACUGAUGAUAGAUGUGUUGCGUGGAGAUUCUCGUUAAUCGGUCGUCUUGAUUUGCUUCAUUUGAAAUUUUCUGAUGCCGUUUCUAACCUAAAAAGUCAGUGGAAAUUAGAAGGUCAAUGCAAAAUGAUUCCAUUAGGAAAAGGAUUCUUUACGAUCAAACUGGAUAAUGAGCGUGAUCAAAGUUAUAUCAAAGCUGGGAAAUGGGAAGUUCUUCAUCAGGAUCUAUGGAUUCGAAUGGAUACCCAAUUUUCGUCCAGAAAAUCAUCUGCUUUGAGUGAUCCUGUGAAAGUGGAUGAAGCUACCUUAAACUUUGAAAAUGGGUUGUAUGCAAGAGUUUUAGUCAAUAUCGAUUUAGCAAAGAAGGUUCCUCACAAGCUUUGGAUAAAAACUAAAUUUGGAGGUUUCAUGCAAGAUGUGAUGCUUACUAAGCUACCUAAAUUCUGCCAGAAUUGCAAAAUUGUUGGUCAUCUUCUAUCUGAGUGCAGAGUUAAGAAGGUAUCACAAGAAUCAAGUAUUUUACAAAACAACAACUCUCCAUUAUUUUGCUCAACAUCAAUGAAGUCUCAAGACAAAUUUGACUCUAAUAAAGCAUAUGAACACAAGGGCACUAAUUUUACAAAACCUGUAUCUCCAACAACAACAAUAUCUCCUCCAACCAACACAGAGAAAUUUGAUAUUUUCUUCACUCAUGUGACACAUAUUAAUCAACAAGAGGUUACUCCACAGCACUCAAGUAAUGCAGUUAAAAUUACUUCAAGAAGAUUUGGUUCAUUAAAUACAGUGGUUGAAGAAGAAAUUGUUAUCAAUAUAUCAGAGGAAGGAUGUACUCUUGAUCCAACAAAAAUAUCACAAAUUGUUGAAGAAAAUGCAGUUGAAAAGAGUGUUAUCAAAUACAUAAAUGGGAAGGAUGGUUCAAUAUCAGAGGAAAGAGUGCCUUUAACCUCUUGGUCAAGAAUAAUUCAAAAACCAGCUUCUUCAAAUGCAACAUCUAAUUCUGAAACACAAAAACAAGAAGCAGAACCAAAGGUAAAAAUUCUACAAGCUACCAACAAAUACAAUUUUAGGAAAAAUCAGGGAAAGGGAGGCACUAAAGGACUCCAUCCACAAAUAUGA